GAGCGUCUACUGACACGGAAGUGUACAUCGUAACACUCCGUUCCGCGCCCCCCAUUAUCGCGUACAACGGCGGAAUAAUGGGCUUCGCGCCCACCGCACCCGAAGCCGUCGCCGCCGCCGCCGCCGCCGCCGCGGAGAGCAGCAUGGAGAACAGCGGUGACGACGACGGGGCGGGAAGUUCUUCCGAGAGUGCGGCUUCCGCCACCGGCGGUGGCGGAGGCGGCGGCGGCGCGACUGCUAGACCAGCCGGCGCUCGUCCAGCCAGCAACGGUGGCAGAUGGCUGGGAGGCGUGAAGGACCGGCUAGGCGACAAGGCCCGGGAUCAGAUCGGCUGGUUUCAAGGGCAGGCGAAGAAAAUGCGAAAUCGGUAUCGGCCGCGGCUGAACGUGCGAUCGCGCGCUGUGCGACAAUUCGCGGAGCUGCUGCGACUCCAGCAGCUGUCGGUUGCGACGUCUGCGAAGAUCCCUCAUUCGAAUCUUCUCUACAGCUUCAAGUACGCUUCGCACGGUUUCGCCGCGCGGUUGACGCCGCAGCAGGUUUCGCAACUUCGCCAGAACCCAGCGGUCGAAUCGAUUCGGCAAGACGUGCUGUUUCGGCCGCUGACCAACUACUCGCCCAACUUUUUGCAGCUGCCCGGAACAAUGUGGGCUUCCGCGGGCGGGCCGAAAAACGCCGGGGAGAAUGUGAUUAUCGGCGUGAUUGACACGGGGAUAUGGCCCGAGCACCCUUCGUUCUCCGCCGCAAAUACAAGCCGCUCGUAUUCCGCGCCUCCCGCGCGGUGGGCAGGGAGUUGCACGACGACGUCCGACUUCUCCGCGCGGCUGUGCACGAACAAGCUGAUCGGCGCGCAGGUGUUCAACGCGGGGUUCCGCCAGCGCUUCAGGGCGGAGAGCAACGUCGUGGACUACUCGUCCGCGCGCGACAGCAACGGCCACGGCACGUGGUGUGCGGGAGCGGCAGCGGGCAACAUAGUGCAAGCGGGCAAGCUGGGCACCGUCAGCGGCAUGGCGCCGCGUGCACGCCUCGCAAUCUACAAGGUUGUCUGGACCAACAUGAACUCGGGCGGUUAUCUCGCAACCAUGGUUGACAUCAACGCGGCGGUCGACAAAGCCGUCGCCGACGGAGUGGACGUUAUUUCUAUCUCGCUGGGGGGAGCCGAUCCCAACGCCACAUAUUUCGACCACGUGAAUUAUCUCAAUGUGAACAAGGCCGGCGUGUUUGUGGCGUUUGCGGCGGGGAACAGCGGCCCCCCGCCGUCAAGGGUGGUCUACCGCACGAUCGAUAACUUCUCGCCUUUCUACAUGACGGUUGGCGCCAGUUCCAUCGCACGCAGGGGCACAUAUGAAAGCAGUGGAGAGUCCAACCUCCUGCGCAAACUGCUCCCAGGAAUGACCAACCCUUUCGACAAUUCCGACUCCUCAUCCUCUACUGCUGCCGCCGCUGCUGCUGGGGACGCUGAGAAUGCUUCUACUGCGCCUGCUGGCAGCAGUAGUGUGCUCGGUGGAGCAGCAGGAGAGGUGGAGACUGGCGUUGGCAUGGAUGGGGAAUCAAAUUCCUCGAGUGUCGAUGCGUCGACGACGUCUCUGCAGGUCAUGUUUGUCGAGGCACAGAAGGCCGCACGGACUCUCAAACAGCGUGCUAACGCGCGCAUCUGUGCACCUCUCUCGCUGGACCCCUCCAAGAUCUCCGGCAAGGUGGUUCUCUGCAACCGAGGAGGAUCAUCCAUCACAGCCAAGGCGUGGGAGGUGGCAGGGAAGGGCGGGUACGCCAUGAUAGUGCUCGAUCCGCUGGGUCUGCCAAAGAACCUCGGGUCUUUUAAGAUUGGCAGUCUGCCUGUGAGACGUAUCGGCAUGAAGGAGACGGUGCAGCUCCGGUCGUUUAUGGCGGGCUCUAAGAAAGCACAACCCAAGGGAAUCUUCUCUUGGCUUCGGAAAUUCGUCGCGGCCAGUCGAGCCCCUGUGAUCGCCUCCUUUUCCUCCACUGGUCCGCUCAACAACCCUUCUACCACCCCGGAACCGUCGCCUCGCCCCAGCAACGACAUCAUAAAACCAGACAUCGUCGCUCCUGGCGUGGAUCUAUGGUCCGCAGCCAACAGCAAUCUCGCGAACCGGUGGGAUGCGCAGUACGCGCAGCUUUCGGGAACGUCAAUGGCUACACCGCACAUCGCAGGGAUUGCCGCGUUGCUUGUGCAGCGAUAUUGA